AUGGGUACGGACGACACGAUAAAAUCAAAAAUAUCGUAUACAGCACUUACCUCCCCAGUGCGACAAUUCCGCGAUGAUAUUGCCUUUAUCCGGGCUCUGGCCAUAAUUUCCGUGCUGUGCUUUCAUUUUUGGCCCAAGAUAUUUGGUCUGGGCUUUAUUGGGGUCGAUAUCUUCUUCGUCCUCUCCGGCUAUCUGAUUAUGCAAAUACUUGGCCAGUCCCCUCUAAGGCCCUGCCAGAAGAUUUCCGAAAAAUCGUCUAAUAUUGCCACCAUUGUCUUGCUGCUGCCUAUCUUGUCGGUAUUUCUACCGUACCUCGGCGAAAUCCAGCCGCCAAAUAUUUUCCAAUUCGUCGUACCGAUUAGUGGAGCGCUAUUUUUGCUAAUAUCGUCGUAUAAUAACCAAAUCAACUGGGCCCGUUUUCGCCUUAGCUACAUCGCUACCAUAUCCUAUUCACUAUACCUCGUCCACUACCCGGUGCUACGCUAUACCGAAUAUAAACUACCGUAUUAUUCUGAGAAAAUUCCAGUUAGCAUAAUCGCAUUACCAGCUACCGUAGCCAUCUCCAUGCUUUUCCAUCAUUUGUACGAAAAGCCGAUGCUCAGGGAAACGAAGUCAAAUGUGGCUAAAAAUACCUUGAUACUAUUUGGCGUCCUCAUUUUCUUUGCUAGUUAUUGGCGGGUGGUAGUGAAGCCGGAAUUCGCCCAAAACGAACUCGUCGCCGCCAACAAGAAGUUCUCAAAAUCAAUAUACGAAGCCAGCGGCGGAAAAUGGAUCAUUGGCAACUUUUCAAAAACCGGAGGACCAUGGGGUCAAUAUCAGUAUUUGAAUAACACCGGAAACCUGAGCAUCAUCUCCGUGGGAAAUUCCUGGGCCGCUCAACAACGAUAUAUAAUUCGCAAAAUUUUCCCGCCCAACAUGACCACCCAUCUCGAAUCGUUCACCGGCCCGGGGAAUGCGAUCGUAUUCCACGAUGCUGGCACAAAAACCAAAAUAUUUUGGGAAAAUAUGAAGGUGCUGAAGCCAAAUAUCGUCUUCAUUUUGAUGAGAUAUCACGAAAAAGCAGGGGAUAUGGCGCCUUACGUACCCGGAAACGAUACUGUCCUGGAACAUUAUGUACGCCAGGUCGAGAGAUUUAGCAAAUUUGCCUCCCAUAUUUUCGUCGAAAGCCACCAGCCGUUCUAUUGCGACCCGGCCAACAAGCAAAACAAUUUCCUGACGCGCUUCAUGGAUCGGCUGCAGAAUGGGGGCAAUUUGACGGCGUUGAAUAUGCCCUAUAACGCCACCGCAUUUGCCGAAAGCCCGGUUCGCAUCCGGCUAAAAUACCUGCUCGAAAGAUGCCCGAAAUGCUACUUGAUAAACGUUGAGGAGCCGUUUAUAGACAAAGCCAAUAAUUACGUCCGUACCUACGACGAGAAGACGAAGCUUGCCUAUUUCGACAAUGACUGCCACUUGACGCCACCAGCUUUGAAAAUGCUGGAACCACAAUUCGAAACAGCCGUCCAUCAAGCGAUGCCGAAAUACUUUCCUAAUAAUAUGAUGGCCAAAACGACGACGAAGUCAAAAAGGGGG